CUAAUGUGACAGUUGCACAGAUGGCGCCUCUCUCUUUUUCCGGUUCCGUUUAGAGGAAAACAGCCACAAUGAAGGCGAAAGGACAGCUGAAGGAAUAUGAAAUUGUCGGGCGCAAGCUGCCAUCGGAGCAGGAGCCCAGUACGCCACUGUACAAAAUGCGAAUCUUCGCUCCGGACUACAUUAUCGCCAAGUCGCGCUUCUGGUAUUUCCUGCGUCAGCUGAAGAAGUUCAAGAAGACCACCGGAGAGAUUGUUUCGCUCAAGGAAAUCUCCGAGAAGACCCCAAUGCGCAUCAAGAACUUCGGCAUCUGGCUGCGCUAUGAUUCGCGUUCGGGUACGCACAACAUGUACCGUGAGUACCGUGACUUGUCCGUAGGGGGUGCCGUGACACAGUGCUACAGGGACAUGGGGGCUCGUCAUCGUGCCCGUGCGCACUCCAUUCAGAUCAUCAAAGUGGAAUCCGUGGUGUCCAGCAAGUGCAGACGGCCACACAUUAAGCAAUUCCACGAUUCCAAGAUCAAGUUCCCGCUCGUGAAGAGGGUGCACCACAAGAACUCCCGCCCACUCUUCUCCUACCGCAAACCCAAGACAUACUUUAUGUAAAUGUUUUCAUGGGGGCGCGCUAUGUAUGCAGAUUGAUUGGAAUAAAUCCUUUCGUAUCCACAGUGAUACGAAAAAAAGAAAAA